AUGGCGGACGAAAACACGGCUGAGGAACCCCUGUCGGACGGCGGCCUGGGAACUCAUCACAUGACGGGGCUCGAGAUUGGGGUCAUCGCCGGCGGCGUCACCAUCUUUGUCAUCAUCGUUCUCUUUACCUUCUUCUGCCGUCUCAGUGCUCAGCGUGCCAAAGUCAAGAAUGCGUUGCGGCAAGCCGAAGAGGGUGGGGCCGGGCGGACGGAGGAUCCGCCUCAGCAGCAAGACCAGGCGCUGGAACUCCAGCAGACGGUUCCAGGCGAUCGGGAGCCCGAGACGAGACGCUACUUUUAG